AAAGCUUGAAUCAUUACUGUCUACCCCACAUAUUUUCCUCACACAAAAACUUUGAUAAUUUACUACUCUCCAAUAAUUAAAUGCACCAUUUGAUUUUCUUCAUCAUUAGAAUGGCCUCUUUUUGGUUCUUUAUUGCAUCUUUAUUAAUAACCUUUCCAUUAUUUUCUUCAUCAUCAGCUGCUCUGCUAAAUUCGGACUCUCUUCCACUUUCUGAUCCUUUCGAAGAACUGUCACCGGAUAUUGCUCCGCUCCUGCCUUCUCCGGGGGAAACCUUGCCUUCUCCGGCUGUCUCAUCUCUGCCGACCAUUUCCUCAACUCCGAGCCCACCUAAUCCCGAUGAUGAUGAUCAUUGGGCUGCACUAGGCCCUGAUUCUGCAUUUUCUCCAUUUCCAGCUUCCUGUGCCUCACCUCAAAGUUUAGUGAACUCGAGUGUUUUUGUUGGAUGUAUAUCAUAUUGGUUACUGCUACUUCUCAAAAUGUAAGUUAUUACUUUGUUGGAUAGAACAUUAUGGCACGGAAAUGAAAAUGCUGAAACGGAACGCUGAGUUAGAAAGACAGCGGAAUUUUAAUUUUUUAGUUGUAAAUUUAAAGUUAUAUUGAAGUUUUCAUGAUUACGAAAAUGAAUCGGCGUAGAAUAAAUUUGGAUAAGUUUUCGUGCA